AUGAAGUGCUUCGUAGUACUCCUCGCUGCCACGACGUUGGCAAUGGCAGCCCCGGCCGACCUCGAAAAGUCGAAGAAUGACGACAACUUCCUCCACAACUGCGACUUUGUCAACUUCGGUCUCGGCGACAAUGACCAGAACCCUUGGGUCCACUACUCGUGCCCCUUGAACAGGCCACCUUACAUGCAAUGUUCCCACCUGGAACUCAACGACUGCAUCAUCAAUGACCACGGAGUCCUCCGAGGACAAGAAAAGGGAGGGUUCGCCAAAAGCUGCAAGGACUGCGUCUACCUUCACGAAAUUGGCAACCUCGUCUGCCAGUGCGCAUUCGGAAACCCAACUCAGUUUCGUGAGACCCAUAGAUACCUUGGUGAGUACAGUCAAAAGAGCAUGGAGCCAUGCUAUGCCGUCCCUAUGCUCUUUGUGCUAACGCAUGGAAACAGGCCAGGACGUGUGGCUCUCUGGCAUCUGGGUCGCAGCUUUCUUUCUCGUCUCUUCAGCGAAAAGUCAAACUUGUCACCCAUUCUAACUAGCAGCGCGCUCUUUGUGGGCGUGGCGCGUGUUUGCAGUGCUGGGUCUCGCGAUGCUCCUUUGACAAACCACGGCGUCUUGCAAGCCAAGCGCCUAGGCGAACAUCUCGCGACCCGAACCGCUGCGGCCUCGGCCCCCAUCACGCACGUCUUUUCGUCGAAUCUUCAAAGAGCCCACCGCACUGCGAUGCUAGCAACCCACACUGGCGAUGUCGAUGACCAGGCAUCGUCCAGUACCGACGCUGGGUCUAUACCCUCAACGGUUGGAGUGGCCCCGCUGCAGUUAGCAGAGCUCCGGGAGAAACACUUUGGAACAGGCGAGGGUCAGAGGUUCGGUGCCCGGUCGUCUGGAGACAGACACGAAGGCGCCGAAGACCACGACUCGAUGCGCGUGCGUGCGGAGCGGUUCGUGGACGAGUACCUCGCUCCCCUCUUCGCUUGCGUCGAAGGAGAGCGGGAUGAAGAGCAAGAGGGUGCUAGCAGCGGUACGGAGAGCAUCAUCAUUGUUGCCCAUGGUAUCAUCCUGGGGGUACUGGCGAGGGUUCUCCUUGCUGCUGGCAACUUUGGGUCUCUGGCAACCGGCACGUCGGACCAGCAACAGCGCUUUUCGUGGAGCAACACCGGCUAUCUCUUGAUUCACAUCAAGUCGAUACCGCCGGUAGUUGAAGUAAAGGAGUCUGCUGGUGGCUCGCGAAGCGGCAUGCAGGAUCCCAAAUGGCCCCAUCUGAAGCUCGAAAUCGUAGAAGUCAACUGCACCGACCACCUCCGCGGGUUGAAAAAGACGCGCGGAGGGAUCGGCAGCGCAAAGUUUGACGAAAAGCAGAAGACGCUAAGCGCGUUCUUCAAACCAACUGCAUCCAAACGGAAACACGAGGACAGCUGA